CACCAACGUCACCGUCCCUCCGAAACUAACAACAUGGAGUCCGGUGUUUAGAGUGCAAAGGCGGUCUUCACCGUUUGCUAAACCUAUAUGCUUUUCCCGGUGCUCCUGAGGGAAGGCUGCGACGCUCCGGGACGCAUAACGCGCAACGCACACAUGCUCUAUAAGCGCCCGUGCGUUCGUGCCACUUGAAUCCAAAUAGGACAUGGAGAAAGCGAUGUGAUUGGACGCAGAGGAUUCCAAAGACAGGCCGCUUUCCAAAUGGAAUUGCUCUUCAUAAUGUAGGACAGGAAAGGUUGACUGAAACUGCACACAAGCCAGUGCACCAGGGGACCAUGGAGACUGAGGAUGAUCUCUCGACCAGGGACACCCAAGAUCUGAUGUCCAACCAAGGGCUACUGCCUUCAACAUCAACAUCCUUACUCAACUGCACCUUCCUGGGGGGGUUAUUACAUUGUGAUGACGUGGAGAAGGGUGAUGGAAAUGGAGAAUCGGAAGGUCUAAACUGCUUUUUCCCCACACUGGAGCAUUGUGGUAAAGUACAGAGAAGUCCACGAUCUUCAGCCUUUCCCUCAUCUCUCACAUGGGACUCGGACUCGGAGAAAGAAACCUUGGAUGAGGAAGAACUUCAGCACUUUUCUAACCCUCAUGGUCUGGCUGCUCACAGCCCAGGGAGUCCCACCUCUGGACUACAACAAGACAGCUUUGACAUUGAUCCGUGCCAAGAACCUGUUGAAACCAAGCACUUAUUUCUUGAUAAAAACCCACUUGCCCCCCUGGAGGUGGAGAAUCAAGAUGUUACAUACAGAGAGCCAACAACUACAGAGUCCAGCCUACCCAAGAAUGCAGCAAAACGUAAAAAAACAAAAAUGGAACAAAGGAAAGUGAGCAAUCUACCAGAUACUACACCAAAAGAGGGAUGCCAAAAAGAAGAGAAAGAUAAGCGGAAAGUCCUUAAUCGUAGAGGGCGGGAAGAGAAGAACACCAAAGAGGCAGAUGUAUACACCUUCCCAGCAGACUCUGAGCCAGAGAGUCCACCACCUGGACCUUGGGCGCAUUGCACCUUCAUCCAGCGCAGAAGGAAAAAGAGGGCCAUACUAAGGCCUUUCUCUGGUUUAGGUACCUGGCAACGCACAACGGGAGCCGGCAGAAGGACCAGGGGAAAAACCUCUGGAGCAAAGCAGCGUAGGAAAACCACAAAGGAUGUGGGAGGGAUGUUCAAUUUUAAAGAGGAAAAAACAGAGAAGGUACGGGGUAGGCAGAACUCAGUAGUAGACCACCAACUGGACAAAGACCUCUCCCAAGAGAUUUUUACAUGUGUAGAAUGUAGCAUUUACUUCAAAAAACGUGUCCAUCUACGUGAACACAUGCGAGAGCAUGGCCAGGUCGGUAGAUCUGGGAAGAAAUGGCAAUGUGGAGAGAAAGAAGCUUGGAGCGGUCAUCAUAAUAAAAAUGCCUUUGAAUGUAUAGAGUGUGGUCAGGAGUUUGUAGACAAGGUACUGCUGCUAGAUCAUCACCGAUGCCAUGAGGAGUCACGGCAGAAAAUCCUUGAAGAGAUUGGAAAAUUAAAUAAGGGGGAAAAGCAGGUGGCAGUGCAAGCCGGUUGCAGUAACGCAUCGGAGCCAGUCAUCCUAGAGUCAACAAAGGUCAGCUGUGGCCAGUUUGUGUGUCUUGAGUGCAACUUUAGCUCUGAUGUGGCUCAAGAGCUUUCCGUGCACGCCAAGACGCACACCACCCGAAAAAGGGCUGGUGUUUAUCGAACUUCCCCCCGCUUCCAGCAGAAGUCCUGCAAGAAAGGACAGGUCCAGUCCUCUGCAGAUGUUACACCAACUUUUGUCACUUCACCUCUCAACAAGAGGUAUCCCAUCCGAGCAUCCAAAAAAACUAAAGAAACACAGCCUGACAUUGCCCCUUCACAGGUGGACUCUAGUUCAUUGUCUUGUCGAAGUGCUUCUGCAACCCCAGGAGAAGCCACAGACCAACCAGAUAAAGCAACCCUGCAUGCAAGUACAGACCCUGCGGAGGAGUCGAGACAAAUAGGAGAGACAUCUCUGGCUAAUCCUAUGGAAAAGGAUGUUUUGCAACCUCAGAAUCUCAUUUCUCCUCCUCCAAAUCCAAGGGCUGUUCCGCGGCGCAAGGAUGUGGCAUUAAAGAGUAUAGGAAAAAAGCGCUCAGUCCGGGCCGCAAAGGAUAAACUGGGGCGCACAAGAGCAAGUAGAAGACUUGAUCCUAAGUCAACCCUGACUACCGGUGUAAAAAAACAAGUCCAAAUCUCUAACCAGACUGCAAAUAAGGGCCAGAAAGAAGACAUUCCAACACCAGAACCAGAGCAUGAUCCAAAACAAGACUCUAAAACAGGGAAUGAGCCACCUGCCAGUGCUCUGGAUCUCAAAGCCAGCUCCUCUUCACCAAAGAAGAGUAGCAAAAAGCUUGAAGCACAGGAGGAGGAACCCAAACUCAAAAAAGACAAAUCUGAUAGUCAGGGGAGGAGCGGAGAAGACAUACCUGUUGCUGCAAAACUAAAGGAUGGUGAUGAUGAUGAUGAUAAUGAUGAUAAUGAUGAUGAUGAUGAUGAUGAUGAAUAUGAAGAAGAUGAAGAUGUUGUAAAUCGCCUUAUUGGUGCAUUAACCGAGGAAGAUGACGAAGACGAUGAUAGAGAGGGGUUGUUCAAGAGUGUGGAAAGAAAAUGCCCUUAUUGCUCUGAUCAAUUCCAUAAUGGCAUUGGACUAGCCAAUCACAUUAGGGGUCACCUGAACAGAGUGGGUGUCAGUUACAACGUUAGGCACUUCAUCUCCCCAGAGGAGGUUAAUGCCAUUGAGAAGAAAUUCUCCUACCAGAAAAAGAAGAAAAAAGUCGCCAACUUUGACCCGUCGACCUUCAGCGUAAUGAGAUGUGAGUUCUGCAGUGCCGGCUUUGACACCAGGGCUGGUCUCUCCAGUCAUGCCCGAGCCCAUCUCCGAGAUUUUGGCAUCACCAAUUGGGAAGUCACGGUUUCUCCCAUUAAUAUUCUCAGAGAGCUUUUUGCCAAGCAUCCAGAUCUUGUUCUACCCACCACUCCCACUCAUACUCUCCAGUCAAGUCAAGAGCAAAACUCUGAUGAGGAGCAAGAGAGCAGGAAAGAUAUGAAAGAUGAGGAGAACAUGACUGCAAAUCUUGCCACUCUUUCCUCUGAAUCUCCAAAACAGCACUGGAAAGAAAAGCACAAUAUCAGUGAACCGAAGGGUGGGGAGGAGGCAGAGGAUGAGGAAGAGGAAGAGGAAGAAGAGAAGGCCCAAAUGCCCCUUACAGAUAAGUUGUCCACAAGUCCAGAAGAAAAGACCCUGUUCUCUCUAGAGGAACAGAGCCCUGAAUCCAAAGAGACAGAUUCUCUGGGCUCCAACUUGUUGAAAUGUGAGUUUUGUGGUGCUACCUUUGAGACACGUCGUGGUUUGUCUAGCCAUGCCCGCUCUCACCUACGCCAGCUGGGUGUCGGCAUGUCGGAGAACAGUGGAGCACCAAUUGAUCUCCUCUACCAGAUCACUAAGGAACGCUCCGUUGAUGCAUGCUUCACUGGCACCUCCCCUACUGUGGAAUCAUCUAAGAAGCCCCAGCACCAUGCCCCUAUUGUUCCUAUACCUAGCCCCACAAAAGAUGUUGAAACUGAAGAAGGACUGCUGGACACCAAGCCCCCUGUCCCAUUUUCUGUUGCUGGUUCCGCUGUUGCUGGUUCCGCUAUUAAAGUUUCCUCUUCCCCAACUACUCCAUCUGCAGCUGGCUCUCUGCCUUCCUCUCCAUUUGUAAAGUCUCGAUCCCCUUCCCCAGUGCUGAGAAAGGCUCCCAUCUCUUCCUUACUACCCGUGUCUUCCCCACUGCGAUCCCAAGAGCACAAGGCCUUAGGAAAGAACCAGUCUACAAACCUCUCCAGUCCAACCAAACCAUUCUGGGCACCGCAAGAGACAGAUGCCCCUUUGAACCUUACGAUGGAUGUGGACGCUAAAGACAUUAUUUGCCAGUUGUGUGGUGCAUGGUUUGAAACAAGAAAAGGCCUCUCGAGUCAUGCUCGUGCCCAUUUGCGCCAUUUUGGGAUUGAGUACUCGGAAUCCAAGGGCUCCCCCAUUGACUUACUCAACCGGUUCAUCUUGACUGAUGACUUUAAGCACAGAGCAAAUUCUUUUCUCUCUGAUGGUCCUGAGGAUCUGAGGUCCCAGAAGACCAGCAUGACUUCAAUCUUACCCUCCACUUCCACUACGUCCUCUAAGAGGCCUAUUUCCUCCAGCCCUGUCCUAUAUAAAAUGGCAACUUCUUCUUUGAGGACAUCCAUUGGCUCCAAAGCUACCUCGUCUUCUGCCCACACCCUAUUAGGCCCACCCCCAAAGAAGCUGAAACCCUCUUCUUUGCAGGUCCUUCGUUUCAGUGGUGGGGAAGUGAUGUCCUUUCCUAUAGAGCCAAUGAAAGAUGUGGGCUGCGAAUUCUGUGGAGAACUUUUUGAGAACCGCAAAGGCCUCUCCAGUCAUGCUCGCUCCCAUCUGCGCCAACUUGGCAUCACCGAAUGGUCUGUGAAUGGCUCACCUAUUGACACACUAAAAGACAUUAUAGUUCGUCGAGGCCUACCAUCCAUCAUGCCUCUGAAGUCCCCCAAAUCCCCCUGUUCUUCUCCGGGCCUAGGACUGUCUCGGCCCGUAGUCCAGUCCUCUUCCCCACCCGGGAAUGUUCAUGGGCGUCUGCCUUUCCACUUUGCCAAAACACCAAGCCACGACCAGCCUACUACCCGUAAAAUGUCUCCUUCGACAUCUGCUGCCAGUUCGCCCCCAACAGUAGAGCUGGUUAAGCCAAAACCAGAGCCUGAAAUUGUAGAAGUUACCAUGAAAGGAUCAGACAUGGGAGUAAAUUCUAGUAUAAAUACUUCAGAUAAUGUUUAUCCAGUCAACUUGGUCAUGACUCAGGAGAAAGAACCAUCCCGUGAUAUUCGCUGUGAAUUCUGUGGUGAAUUCUUUGAAAACCGCAAAGGCCUCUCAAGCCACGCAAGAUCACACUUGAGGCAUAUGGGUAUCACGGAGUGGUCUGUUAACGGCUCGCCUAUUGACACGCUGUGGGAAGUCAUGAGGAGACAGGGCACUACCCCUGCAUCUGUUGCCUUGGGAAUAAAGGAGGAGCCGGGACAGGAUGGUGGCAUUUCAUUGCACAGUCCAGGCUAUCAGACCUCUGCCUUGUCCCGCAAAUCACCUCUUAAUCUGCUCCACUCUGGUUCGCGCCUCCAUAAGCAUGGGCUGGGAAGCAUGGCCUUGUCCCCCACCUCGCCGGUGGGGAAGAUUUUUGGAGUGUCUCAACUGAAGAAGAAGGUGCUGGUGGAGGAUGGACAGCCAGGAGAGAAGACACUGCUCGUCCAAUCUAAAAACUUCUCGCCUUCCCCACAGGACUAUUCCUUUAAGGGUAAAGCCUCAAUGGAGAAGCAUGGGGUAGGCCACAUGGAUGCUAGUUGUGAACUCUGUGGAUUCUACUUUGAAAACCGAAAAGCAUUGGCCAGUCAUGCUCGGGCACAUUUACGACAGUUUGGCGUGACAGAGUGGUGUGUAAAUGGUUCGCCUAUUGAGACGCUGAGUGCCUGGAUACGUAGCCGUCCACAGAAGGCAGCAGAGAUGCAGCAAAGUUAUGCGCAAGGAGCCCGCUAUGCCCAAAAGAAAAGGUGCAAUUCUGCUCUCUCACCAUCCUGUAAUUCAGACACUACAAUUCCUGUUUCCCAAAAGCCUGCUGUGGCCAAAUGGGCAUCUCUCACUUUGCCUCAAAAGAGGGCAAUUGGACGGGAUGCCAAUAGUUGUUCUUGGGGGUUGUCAUCGCGGAGUACAGACGCAAAAAGCAGAAAUGGAAGUUCCACUCAGCAUGGCCUUAUUCCACAGCCUGGCAGCCAUCAUGCCAAUAAUGCACUUCCACAUGCACAGGUGGCCCAUAGUGAACUCAACGUGCGUUUGCCACGAGGAUUUGAGAGACGGCCACCUAAACACCCAUCACAUGCUGAAGGAGGGGAGGGAGAGAGUGGCCCCCCGAAGCCUCGCUCCAGUACCGUUCCUGCCCUUGUGCCAAAGCCCCCCUCCACCCCACUGGUUAGACUUGUUGGUAAAAUUUACUCACUCAAGUGCCGGUUCUGUGACGUGGAGUUUCAUGGCCCUCUCUCGGUACAGGAGGACUGGAUCAGGCACCUGCAGCAGCACAUCCUUAAUCUUAACUACAACAAGACUGCAUCACCCGCGAAUGACACUCCUGCCCAAACUGACACUCCUGCUCCAAACCCCACAGUUUCAGCUGCUACCUCCACAACCAGCUGCUCCACUACAACCACAGCUCCUGCCGCGACCCCGUCCACACCCUCCCCAAUGCCCACAACCACGCCCACUUCAGCCUCCACACCUACACCUACUCUCAACCAAGCCUCCGUGGGACGGCCGGCCACAGUAGAGCCAAUUCCUUCGCCUGCAAAUUAGACAAUGUGUUCCUCCUACAUAUUUAUGGGAUGCCAUCAUCUUCACUAGUUAUAUCCCUAAUUUGUUCUUUUCGGUUUCUGUAUUACUCAUCUUUAAAUAUUUCUAUUUCUGAUCAAAGGGAGAGAUUUUUAGAAAAUUCUCAGCUAGUGACCUACUUACCCUGACCUACAUCACAAGCAUCUUCUAUGAUUCAGGCCUGAGGUAGGUGUGUUGCCAUGACAGUUCUCAUCUCCCUUUUGGCUCGAAAGGAUUGAUCAUUAUUUAUGAACAAACAAAAAAAAUUACAGUAUAAUGCAACAUUUUCAUGCAUUUACGUUUUGCAUAUGUUUUGAAAAGAAGGAAGAGUAUAUGGUGAGUUCACUUCAGUAAGCUACCUGGCCCCAAUGCCUAAUAUUUAGCCACUUUUCCACUGAAAUUACCUGGAACAGUUUGUCCCAGGAACUUUUUUCCCCCAGACCUGUUGCUGUCUGCAUUUCCGUUGUGAUCUAAAGUACAGUGAAGAUUAGAGAAAUUAGUCCAGUGACGUAGGACUGCGCACAACUUUCCAGUUCCUGCUGGAUUUCGCCUUCUGCUUAUAAGCUUAAUAGAGCCUGAACCUUGUCGUCGGUCCAUCUGUUGUAUUUUUUAAACUCUAUUAUUGAUUCAAAUAGCAAACAACUCUUACUGCACGCAUUGCAACAGACUUUUAAAAAUGGUGUUUUAAAUAAAAUGCUGCGCGGGGUCAACCAAUCAAAAUGUAGCGUGAACUCAACCAAUCAGCAUGUUCAGCGCCCAAGUCCCACCCUCGAAAAUUUCUGAACUUUGAAAAAGUACUACCUCGUGAGCACAGACUUUCUGAGGGGGAAAUUUUUACCUGGAACAUCAUUUAGACCCUAGUUCCUGAGGUCGAAACACACACCGAGUACCACCCCAAAGUCCCUAGUUACUGGUGAAAGUUCCUGCGGUGGAAACGCGGCUUUUGUUGUUCAAGAGGAAUUCUUAAGACUACAGCGAAACCGUUUAGCUUGAAAAAUUGGCGACAAAUCAGAUUUACAAUCAAAAAGGCACAGACAUAAAACUAUAAAGCACUUAAACAAAAGGCCUUGACCCUUUGAAAUGAAGUUUUUCUCUUUCUAGCAUUUGCAAGUUCACAGUUUGUAGCUGUUUUAACUGUGAUAACGGAGUACAAGCUUGCACUGCCAUGCAGUUAUAAAAAGAUGCGAGAUGUUCGUUUUAAGCAGACAUAGAUGGGUUCAUGUCAAAACGAGACAUGCUUUUCCUUUUCUGUUAAUGAUCCCUCAGCAAUCUUGAUGUUGAUGUUCUCAGUUGAAUUUUGCCACUUAGAGAUGAUCAAAUUUGUCUGGAACCAUUUGCUGCUAAAUAUUUAAAUAAGCUAAGCACACUUAGUUAAAUGCAUUGUUUUAGCACGUCCAACACUUGUACAAAAUAAGCAUGAAAAAUUCCGUCAUGCCUUCCAGUUGUAUUUGAACAUACGUAUUUAUGCCUUCGUUGCUCUUUCGUACGGCACAUUAUUUUGCAGCACGUUUGCACAAGCUUAUGCGAUGCUCUGCAUAAUGCUUCGAUGAAUUUGAUCCUAGAUCGCUUCAUUUACUCAGCAGCUUUCUUGUUAAUUCUGUGCUUGACACAAUGUAAACUCCAAAUGAAACCGUUAACGCAGCUGUCUAAAAGAUUUCUGGUUGCUUUUUAAAUGAUAAUGAAGCUUUCUGAGAAAUUGCCUUGGAACAAGUUGAUGAACUGAAGUAUUUUAGUCUUAUAAAAGUUACUCUUUUUUCCAGAUUUCAAGAGAUCCCAAAUUUAUGGCUCUUUUGAAUGUUGAACGAAUUGAACUAUUUGGCUACACUACAUUGAAUGUUUUACAAGAGUAAAAAGUCGAUGCACUUUUAUCUGCAACGAAUUAGGGAGCGUUCGUAUGUUUAAACUCUUGUACAUAUAUAUAUAUAUAUAUAUAUAUAUAUAUAUAUAUAUAUUGUUUUUCUUAGCAUAAAAUGCUAAAUGCCUGUGUAUGAUGCUUUUUCUUAAGAAGUUUUUCCCUGUACCAACCUGAAGGCGUUUUCACAAAAACAAAAGCAAGAAACGGAUUUUAAGAACUGUAUAAAUUUGCCAGUGACAGAAUGUGCCAAAGAGAACGUCACACAUGUUUUUGGUAGCUUUAGCUUUAAGUCCCUGUUCUGUUUUGUCUUUGAGCAGUAGACGGUGGCAGCAGAUUUGCUGCUGUGGCUUUGCUUUAAAAUAAAUAGAAAUUGACAAUUUAGUAUACUUUACAAUGUGAGUAUACUAUACACGUCCACCAUACUCGUGGUGCCUGAUUCAUCCAAGAAUUGACUUUUUACUGCAAAUACAGUGACUGCCUCCCAAACAUACGAGUGCUUUUGGUUAUGUUUCCAUAUCUACACAGGGAAGCAAUAACAAACCGGUCCAUUACGGAUGUUUGUUGCAGCUUUCACGACUUAACUCUGACUGUUAGGUUUUUAGUAUUCCAAAAGGGAAUAUUAUUGAUAUAUCUUACCUAACACAUGUAUAGACAAGAAGAAGAUAUUAACAUUUUAACACUUCAAAUGUGAUCUUUGUGAAUUUAUUUCAAUUUUUAAUGCUGUGUAUUUUUUAAUGAGAUGUGCAUUCCUUUACUUGCAGUUACAUACCAGUGGAAUAGAUCAGUGUUUUAUUUUUUAUUCUGUCAGUUUCUCUUUUAAGUACAUUGGUGCUCAUGCGAAACGAGUGGAUGUGAAUGGAUUUUUAAUUGAAGAUUGUUUCAAAGGGAGAUUGUCAAGUCCUUGUGCAAGGACUCUAAAAACGUGUCUUAAAUGCAACUGCUAUACAUGUUAUGUUAUUGGUUAGUUGGGUCAUUUUGUGACUGUUGCCCAGUUGGCAUGUGCUUCACAGCUGAUGGUGUAAGAUCUCUUAAAGAUCUCCUCAGCUGGUUUAGACUGCAGUCUCUGUACAAGUAUCUGUGUUGUAUGAGAGAGAGAGAAAGAGAGAGAGAGGAAAACAUGACUUUUUGUGGCUGAAAGAGAGAAAUGCCAUGGAAGUGUUGACCAGAGAAAGAUUCAUGUGAAUCUGCUCUUGAAUGAAAAUCAUUAAAUGUGAUCUAAAAUCUCA